ACCUAAAGUUUUUAAAAAUCCAUUUUGUAAAUAUUUUAAUAUUCAAAUAUGUUAAGCAAAUAACCUUACAAGUUUGAAUUCUUGGGAGAAUAUGUGCAGUGAAAUUGGUUAGAAUCAUAAGCAGGAAUUUGAAAAUCAACCUGGCCAUAUGGUUUUACUUAAUCCUUUAUUUAAAGAUCUUCACUUGCUUAUUUUUCUCCAUUCAUAAUCUGUAUUAGAAAAUGGCAGUCUCUUUGAUCAGAAAUAGCAAAUCUCAGCUGGUGAGCUCACUUGACCAUGUGAGGAGUGCUGUUUAUACCUCCUUCCAGCCAUUAGGGCAAGAGAAGCAGUCCAAGUCUGGCCCCAAAUGGUUGUGUUUUGGUUUUGGUUUUGGUUUUAUAUUACAUGUUCUCGGAGUCAUUUGCUGGUCUCUGGUCCCGUCACUUUAUACAUCCUGUGAAGAGACAUUUACUUAGCCGCAUAAUCCUAGCCCAGAGUAUAGUUGUGAACAAAAUGCCCUUGCUUCAUGGAGCCUACGUUCUGUUGAAAUAUAUUAGAGUAAUGAAAGUAUCCAAAUACGCAUUUUUCUGGGGUUGGAACAGGGUCUAGAAAAUUCAAAAAAACCUUAGGUUUAAGUUUUUCAUCCCAUGUAAGUAAAUUGCUCCUCUGCCUAAACAAACGUGUGUUUUCACAGAUCCUAUCCCAGCAAAGAGGUCCUGUUCACACGUUACACAUUUAAGUAAUUUAGAAUGACUGUUGUUCGUGUUGCAUAUUUCCGGGAUCAAGUUUUCUCUGUUUAAAAGUCUGCUUAAUGUUUGAAACUGAGAUAGAAACAUGAUGUCUGUUUGAAUAACGGACAUGAGUAUGGCCAGUGUCUGUUUUAUCAGAUAUAAAAAGUAAAAUGACCAACAAUGUACCAGUCACAGUUGUGAGUACUUUACACCCAGCAGCUUGUUUGGUACUCAUAAGAACCCUACGGAUAUUGUUUAUCACCACAUUUUACGGAACAGGAAAUUGAGACACAGAUAGGUUAAGUAACUUGACGAACAUAGAACUGGUAAGUAGCAAAACUUGCAAAAGCAAAUUUGUAUCUCCAGAGUCAUGUCUUCAGUGCUAUGCUGUAUUGCCUUUCCAGACUAGCAUGCCAAGAAAAGAGUAGUUGAACAGCUACGGAAGAACCUGAUAGUAAAGCAAGAACAACCAGACAAGUUCCAAAUACAGCCAUUGCCACAAUCGGAAAACAAACUACAAACAGCACAGCAGCAACCACUGCAGCAGCUACAGCAACAACAGCAGUACCACCACCACCACGCCCAGUCAGCUGCACCCUCUCCCAACCUGACCGCUUCACAGAAGACUGUAACUACAGCUUCUAUGAUUACCACAAAGACACUACCUCUCGUCUUGAAAGCAGCAACUGCGACCAUGCCUGCCUCUGUUGUGGGCCAGAGACCUACCAUUGCUAUGGUGACCGCCAUCAACAGUCAGAAGGCUGUGCUCAGCACUGAUGUGCAGACCACACCGGUCAACCUCCAGACGUCUAGUAAGGUCACUGGGCCUGGGGCAGAGGCUGUCCAAAUUGUGGCAAAAAACACAGUCACUCUGCAGGUUCAGGCAACACCUCCUCAGCCCAUCAAAGUACCACAGUUUAUCCCCCCUCCUCGACUCACUCCACGUCCAAACUUUCUUCCACAGGUUCGACCCAAGCCUGUGGCCCAGAAUAACAUUCCUAUUGCCCCAGCACCUCCUCCCAUGCUUGCAGCUCCUCAACUUAUCCAGAGGCCUGUCAUGCUGACCAAGUUCACCCCCACGACCCUCCCUACCUCCCAGAAUUCCAUCCAUCCCGUCCGUGUCGUCAAUGGGCAGACUGCAACCAUAGCCAAAACGUUCCCUAUGGCCCAGCUCACCAGCAUUGUGAUAGCUACUCCAGGGACCAGACUCGCUGGACCUCAGACUGUACAGCUUAGCAAGCCAAGCCUUGAAAAACAGACAAUUAAAUCCCACACGGAAACAGAUGAGAAACAAACAGAGAGCCGUACCAUCACUCCACCUGCUGCACCCAAACCAAAACGGGAGGAGAACCCUCAGAAACUUGCCUUCAUGGUGUCUCUAGGAUUGGUAACACAUGACCAUCUAGAAGAAAUCCAAAGCAAGAGGCAAGAGCGAAAAAGAAGAACAACAGCCAAUCCAGUAUACAGUGGAGCAGUCUUUGAGCCAGAGCGUAAGAAGAGUGCAGUCACAUACCUGAACAGUACAAUGCAUCCUGGGACCCGGAAGAGAGCCAAUGAGGAACACUGGCCAAAGGUAUGUAAGAUCAUUUUUCCCCCUUUCUUUCCCUCCCCCUUUUUCCCUUUUGUUCCCUUCUCUUGGUAUAUAGGUCGUCCUCCAAAAUACAAUGCAGUGCUGGGGUUUGGAGCCCUUACCCCAACAUCCCCCCCAUCCAGUCAUCCUGACUCCCCUGAAAAUGAAAAGACAGAGACCACAUUCACUUUCCCUGCACCUGUUCAGCCUGUGUCCCUGCCCAGCCCCACCUCCACAGACGGUGAUAUCCAUGAGGAUUUUUGCAGCGUUUGCAGAAAAAGUGGCCAGUUGCUUAUGUGUGACACGUGUUCCCGUGUGUAUCAUCUGGACUGCUUAGACCCUCCUCUGAAAACGAUUCCCAAGGGCAUGUGGAUCUGUCCCAGAUGUCAGGACCAGAUGCUGAAGAAGGAAGAAGCAAUUCCAUGGCCCGGAACUUUAGCAAUUGUUCAUUCCUAUAUCGCCUAUAAAGCAGCAAAAGAAGAAGAGAAACAGAAAUUACUUAAAUGGAGUUCAGACUUAAAACAAGAGCGAGAACAACUAGAGCAGAAGGUGAAACAGCUCAGCAAUUCUAUAAGUAAAUGCAUGGAAAUGAAGAACACCAUCCUGGCCCGGCAGAAGGAGAUGCACAGCUCCCUGGAGAAGGUAAAACAGCUGAUCCGCCUCAUCCACGGCAUCGACCUCUCCAAACCCGUAGACUCUGAGGCCACUGUGGGGGCCGUCUCCAACGGCCCGGACUGCACCCCCCCUGCCAUUGCCGCCACCUCCACGCCGGCCCACUCCCCCUCCUCCCAGAGCUGCACAGCGAACUGUACCCAGGGGGAUGAGACUAAAUAACAGAGCCCCGCGAGGAGAAGCCACGGGAUCCCGGCGGCAAGGAGAGCAAAAACACUGAAGACUCUAGAAAAGCAAAGCCGGAUUUCUUCUGGAAAGUACAGAAUUCUUUUGGUUCUUUGGUUCCAGAGAGAGAGAAGAUGCUUGUGCCAGGUGGCACCAGAGUUUGCCAAUUGAUCCUUCUUGUUCUGUGUGUACAUGCAAAGAUUGGACCAUGUUACAUGAAAUAGUGCCAGCUGGAGGUUCUUUGCCAGCAUCAUGCCAAGUGAAAUAAUAUAUUUACUCUCUCUAUUAUACACCAGUGUGUGCCUGCAGCAGCCUCCACAGCCACCAUGGGUUUGUUUCUGUUUUGUUGGGUGGGGAGCAGGGACGGGCGGAGGGAGGAGAGCAGGUUUCAGACCCUUAUUUGCGGAGCCGUUUGUUUAGGUAGAGAAGACGAGUCCAAAGAGUGUGUGGGCUUUCCUGUUUCUAAACUUUCACUACUAUAAAACCAAAAAAAAAAAAAAAAAAAAGGAAAUCGAGAUUUAAGCAACCCCAGUGCCCAGAGGAGGGAUGGGAGGGAAUGGGAGGGAGCCAGGGUGGGAAAAAUAUAUCAAGUAAGCAGUAUUUCCUAUCGCCUGGGGAGGGGCACGGUACACGGAGAGGUGGACGGCAAGAACAAGGUUCUUCUCCCGCGCGCUCUGCUUCCUUCCGUGGGUGCCCCCACCGCUCCCCGCGUUCCUUCCCUGCUUUGGCAAAUUGGCGCGCAUCCCCGUGGAUGAUCCGGUUACCUUCCCUCUCCAAGAACGAGCAGAGCAGGCCCGGCCUCGGCUGGCCAUUGCCCGGGCAGGGAAGAAGGGUGUGUGUGUCGAGGAAGGAAAAAAGGUGGAUCAGUGAUUUUUACUUGAAAACAAGCUCCAUCCCUUUUCUAUAUUUAUAAGAAGAGAAGAUUCUGAGCGAAGCAGCACGCGACCCAGGUGUGUGUGAAUUGAAUGGAGAUGUUCCUUUCCUCUUUUUUUAAGUUUUUGUUUUUGCUUUUGUUUUUCUUUAAGAAAAAGUUUUAUUUUGUUGUUUACUUUACUUUUUUGGUAACAAAAACUAAAAUAAGGAAUAGAAAAGCUGUUUUUCAGGCUGACAGUCAAUUAAGGGUAGUCGAGGCCGUGCAUGGUAGAAUAGGAAUCAUAGUGUCAGUGAGGUCCAGUGAGUCCGUGUGAGUCCUGUGUCAUCGUUCGGGGCACUGUUUUUAUGCAAGGGCAAAAAUCUUUGUAUCUGGGGAAAAACAACAACAACUUUUUUUUAAAUUAAAAAGGAAAAUAAAAGAUAUUGAGGUCUUCCUAGUGUUACUUAAAUUAAGAUCAAGGUAAGAAACAUUGUAAAAAAAAAAUUACAAAAGUGCUAUUUGUUUCCUAAAAACAGUGAUUUCUAUUAAAAAGGUGUCAGAACUGGAGAAAA